AUGAUGUUGAUUGUGCGAUCGCUUAUAAUCUUAUUAGUAGGUUUUAGUACUAUUUUACAAGGUGUUCAUUUUCGUGGUGGUACAAUAACAUGGCGUCCUCUGAAUAAUACUCCAUCUGGUAGUACAGUGGCCGUUCAAAUACGUGAACGAUAUUCAUGGAAUCGUAUAACGUAUCCCUGUGAUGAUGCGACCAUAGCUUUACAUGGUACUCUCGCAAGUAACACUUACACUUAUGUCCAAUGUUAUACUGGUAGUUGUGGUUCUUGGACUAAUAUGGAUAUAGUAACAAACUGUACGGAUUUUAGUGCUGCACUUAUUGUUAGUUCUGGUGAACAUUAUGAAACGCAAACAUUUCCAUUAAAUACCUCAUUUAGUAUUGGUUUUGUAAAUGGUAAUUGGCUUACAAAUCUUGUUGUUGGUGGCAGCAAGGGAUGGAGUGUUGUCUGUCUAGUCAACACUAAUCUGAGACCCGAUGGUUACAUAAAUUCUAGUCCUAUCGCUGUCAGUCUUCCUAUUGUUUACAAAGAAAUUAAUAUUCAACAAGUACAUGUUGUUCAAAUGUCUGACUUUGAUAGAACUGAUACACUGCGAUGCCGAUGGGCAAAUAAAUCAGGUAAUUUUAACGGUGCUGAUGAGUGUGAUGGUGUAUGUUAUGGUAUUCCUGGUGCUAGUCUUAUUGGAGAUAAUUGCACACUUGUGUUUACGCUUACAAAUGCUGGAGUGUAUGCUGCAGCAGCAUUACAAAUUGAAGAUUAUUAUAGUAGUUCAUAUACAACACCAAUGAGUUCUGUCCCAAUACAAUUUCUUUUCUAUGGUUAUGCUGCACCUACCGGUAGUUGUACUACUCCGCCUGCUAUCAUUGGUAAUCGGCCAAAUCGAGCUUGUAUUGGUACACCUAUCGGUUCCAAUGUUACUGAAUAUAUCAUUGUCCAAGUUUAUUGUCCUGGACAUGCUAUUGUUGAUUUGGUUAGUAGUGCUCCAACUGGUAUGAAAAAAAGUGGUAUUAUCAAUUCAAGUCCUAAUGUCUAUGAAAUCAUUCUCAGUUGGAUUCCCAUAGCUGCUCAGUAUGGUCCACAAUCAUUCUGUGCUGGAGCUAUCGAUACUAUACAACUUCAAUCUAAUCAAUGGUGUAUUACAUUUUUAGUUGGCUUCGACUCUCCUGAUAUCAUUCGUCCAACAAUGGUUCAAGGUUCAGCUUCACC